UCACCUGGAGCUGACUGGCUGGGGGAGUGUGUGUGUGAAAGGAGAACCAUCCAGCCCCCAUGGCUUCCUCAUCAGAUCCGUCCCGCAGGGAAAAGGGUCCAGCCACACAAGGUUCGCACACGGCUACACGCGACCUCUUACGGAAGAAGGAACAGCGUCGCCGUGGAAUCCGAGCCUCCUCGCCUAUGGGUCGGGUCAUCCUCAUCAACUCUCCUGUAGAUGGUGGAGAUGAUAGUGAAGACCUCCACACAUUCACAGUGGAUAAGAGUGUGGACGGGAAGCUCGGCUUCAGUGUGCGUGGCGGCUCGGAGCACGGCCUCAGUAUUUUCGUCAGUAAGGUGGAGGACGACAGCACGGCGCAGGAGGCGGGCCUACAGGUCGGAGAUAAGCUGGUGGAGGUGAAUGGCGUCAGCCUGGAGAGCAUUACCAUGAGCAGCGCCGUGAAGGUGCUGACGGGCAACAACAGGUUAAGGAUGGUGGUGAGGCGAGUGGGGAAAGUUCCCGGCAUCCGCUAUUCUAAGGAGAAGACAACCUGGGUGGACCUGGUCCACAGGCGGAUGGUGGUGGAGGAGAGCGGGCGGACACCUUCAGAAGCCAGUUCUGACAGCGCUCUGCAGAGGAUCGUCCACCUUUAUACCACCUCUGACGACUACUGUCUCGGCUUUAACAUACGAGGGGGAAAGGAGUUUGGUCUCGGCAUCUACGUCUCCAAACUAGAUCCAGGCGGUUUGGCCGAGCAGAAUGGGAUUAAGAUUGGAGACCAGAUUCUGGCUGCCAAUGGUGUGAGCUUUCAGGACAUCAGCCACAGCAGUGCUGUGGAGGUGCUGAAGACACACACACACAUCAUGCUCACUAUGAAGGAAGCAGGGAGGUACCCUGCUUAUAAAGAAAUGGUGGCAGAAUACAGGUGGUUGAAUAAAUUGGCCAAUGGUACUCAGCCAUCUUCCUCCCAGGCUUCAGACUCCAACUCUUCAACCUCCUCUCUGUCAUCUGGGACCCCGGUCAGCUCCCUGAGUGGCCUGUCUCAAGUCAUGUUUCCACACAGCCUGCCGUUCGGUUCAGACAUGGUGGACGUUUGCAUCUCUACAGAGGACUUGAGGUCUGAGUCUGAACUAACAGACUCCGCCAUCCAGACAGAUUUUUCCGCUCAGAGAAUGGAAACGGACACCACCCGCAGCCUGGGACCAACCACACUGCUCAAAGACACGGCGAUCCGUGGAGAGGAGAGCAGGAGGUGGAAGGAGUCUCCCAAAACAGCUGUGCUGCUGGCGCUUAGCAGACCAAGUCGACCAAUCACCAGGUCGCAGAGCCAAGUCACUGUAGCAGGUUGGUCUGCAUUAAAACAAAGGUUAAAAAGUUCCUACACAGAUGUAGGACUUACAGAAAUUUACAAAAAGUGCUCCAAUACAGAGAUCAAUCAGAAGAAAGACAAGAAGAAGCAGAAAGAGAAGCAAGCAGAGGAGAAAAGCACUCUGCAGCGCUCAAAGACCUUUGUUAACCUGCUGUUCAAAGGAGGGCGCAAGAGAGACGCCUCAGGUGGGCGCUCCAAAUCACCAUUCAGAGAAAGCAAAGAGGGACGAAAUGUCAGUGUGAUGCCAAACUCAGAGAUGCUUGGCGUGGUGGAGGACAUGGCGCGAAGGCUGCUGACGGAGGAGGAGGUGUCUGCUGUGAUGACGGCAUGCCGAAUGUAUACAACAGAGAGGUCAGUGGAGAACUUGAUACGCCACCUGCUGGUUGUGCUGGACCGACCUGAAAAGCUGCUGCUUCUGAGGGAAGUCAGACUUGUGCUUUCGCCAUCUGAUCUGAGUGUUUUCAACAACAUGGUGACCGCUGUUGAAGCUGAAGCCUACGAUCUCCUCAAAUAUCGGUCAGUCCGAACUCCUCCUCUUCGCUCCCCCAUUUCUGGUCGAGCCCCCAAACGGCGCCUCAUCACACCCAUCCCAGGUCAGUACCUGUACCUUGAUAUUUGUUUGUCUCUUUCUUUAGGCCUUAAAUUGUUGCUCUUACUAAUCUGUGAAACUAACAUUUUCAUGCUCUCUCCAGAUUAUAGGGGUGGCUUUGAGCUCCACAGUGCUGAGGAGGUGGAAAAAGAGAGCCACCUGCUGGAGGAGCUGGAGAAGCUCAGCCUGACUGGCUCUCAGGGAUCCAGGGGGAGAAUGAAGACCUCUAGUUCUUUCUCAGCUCUUCUGGACAUACCUGUGGACGGAUAUAAGCCAGAGUCCAGAAACAUCAGGUCCCGCUCUGCUGGUCCCUUGCUUCCCAACUGGCUGCUGGCCCACAGCAGUGACUCCCCACCUCCUCUCCGUACAGACAUUGGCACCGUUCGCUCCGUCCACUUUGAUGAGGCUUCUCUGCGCUCAUCUUCAGAUAAGGUGGAGACAAACUCUGAGAGGGGAAGGACUUUCUUCAGGAACAGCCACUCUCAAGGCAGGAGGGAGAGAAGUGCAGAUAGGAGUAAGAACGGUGCGUUCACCAUGCAAAGUGCGAACCGUAGGAGCCGACCCUUGCUGUCGCAGGUGUUUGGUACGAGUCAGGAGUGGCAGAUGAACGGUCAUCGGACUUCCUCAGAGAACAGGCUCAGCGGUACUGAGCCUGAACAGGAGCAUCGACUGAAGACAGUCAGCAUCUCCAAGACCAAACAGUCUCUGGGCAUCAGCAUUUCUGGUGGGAUCGAGUCAAAGGUACAGCCAACCGUGAAGAUCGAGAAGAUCUUUCCUGGAGGAGCCGCCUCCAUGUGCGAGGUGCUUAAGGCUGGAAUGGAGUUGGUGUCUGUGGAUGGAGUUUCCCUCCAAGGAGUGACCCACCAGCAUGCCGUUGACAUCAUCCGCAAAGCCUUCAGCAACAAGGCCAAAGACCCCAUGGUGUUUGUGGUCAAAGUUCCCAUAAACCUCUAA